GUGCUCAGUCAUAUGGUAAUAGUUAUUCCUAUUCAUUUAUUUAUAUUGGCACCGCUGAAGCGCAACCAAAUAGUAAGGAACAUAUUUUCUUAAAAUGAGGGUAAACAAUCCUUUGGACAAAUGUCUCACUAGGCAUGGCCGUAAGUACAUAGACAUUAAGGAGACGGUAAGAGCAGAAUAUGGUAAGCACUUCGAGACACUUCACACAACCAUAUUUCGAAUAAUAAAGGAAGAUCCAACGCUGGCGUAUCUUAUUGUGGAUUUCAAUUUGGAAGGUACGACCCAUUCUCUUCAACAUCAUCAGAUUUUUUUUCUCUUCCCAUAGCUGCCCCAUAUGAUGACCCCUGGAUCUGUCCUCUGGCCCUUGAAGUAUCUAUGUCUAUAUAUAUAUCUUAUCUAUCUAUAGUUUUCAUUUUAGAAGUGCAACACUGAAUCAUUUAUUUUUGUAUGGUUAGUCAUAAUAGUUUUGCUUUGUGAGGUAAUCGAAUUUCUUAGAAACGCGCAAUGAGGCUGUGUGUUCGUGUUAGAUUCGUAAUUUUUGCAUUGUCCGGUGCAUUCCUUCCGUUCCUAUUCCGCGUGCGUUUAAUAAUAAUACUCGUCGGUAUCCUCGUUCUCGUAAUACUCGUCGUCUCCCAUCGUCAAGGGGCCGUGUUUGGCUCGCGCGAACCAGUCAUAAUCGAAAUAAAUUAUAUCCUAUACCCAUACUAAAAUCGCGUGCGCCGUUACGUCGUUAUUAAAUAGAAUAGUGUCUGAAUUGUUCUUGCAGGAAGCUCGGGAGAUAUGUUAAAGAUCGCGAAACCUAACGAAUUCGAUUUGGUAUUUAAGCUCGGGAUUCCGCACUCCCGGGAAAUAAUUGUGACGCGAGAUUCGGGAAUGCCAGGAAACGUUUUACUCAAUAUGACGCGAGUGCUGCAACUACUUGAAAACGAUCGUGGCGUGGAUCAACAGAAUAUUCACCGACUGUUAAAAUCACUUGUAAACGCGCAGAACUUCCUCGUCGUGGAAAAGAUGCAGAGCUGGCUUCAAAGCCGCUUCCGUCGUGCUCUCAACAGGCUCAAGCAUUCAAUCGUAGUGGAUGGCAAGGCGUCUAGACUUAAAUAUCGCAUUUGUGGGCCGGCCCAUACCGUCGAAGUCGAAGGAAUGGAUUAUUCUGUUGAUUUUGUUCCUGCCAUCCGACUGGAUGCCGAGCAGAACGUGUUUCGGUCCGAGCAGCUUGUUUACUUCGAGAACAUACCCUACUGGGAUGCUAUACCCAAACCCUUCAAAAACCCUCUCAUAACCGAAAGCAUUUCGUUUCGAUCUUCCCACUACAAGGCCGAGCAGGCCGUCUUGAGGGGUAAACAUGAAAACUGCCGGAAUGCAAUCAAGUACAUUAAGAAGUUUCGCGACGUUAAGACAAAUUUACACAACUUAAAGAGCUACUUUAUUAAGACCCUGUUUUUGUGGAAGAUUAGGUCCGAACCGGAGGCUUACUGGCACAAGCCGCUCACAGUAAUCUUGAUCGAUAUGUUCGAUGAGCUGUCGGAGUGCUUGUGCCAUGGAAGACUAGACUUUUUCUGGGAUCCCAAGCUAAACAUGCUCGAUAUCUAUACAACGAAGCAAAAACUGGAAAUGUUUCGAUGUGUCGAAGGUAUGUCGGGAAAGCUAAGAGGUGCGGCUAGAGAUCCCACAUACCGAAGAUUGUUGACUGUCCUGCAGGCUUUCAGUCACAAGGACGAAGCCAUUGUUGUCCCCAGAUAUGACUCCGGAAAGUCAUAUCCAAAACGUCUGAGCAAUGGGUCCUACAUUAGCCACCUAGCGAUUAAAUAUUACACAAUGGAUCAAACAAUCGAAAUGUUGCAACAGGAUAAGACGAAAGAUACCUCAUGUCGUAGUUUGUUGCCUGUUGUUUUGCAGGCUCUUAAUCAAAAGGAGUGCAUUGCUUUUGCAAGUUCUUACCCACGAAUCUCUUAUCCCAAACGGAAUUGCGUCAAGCGACUGACUAAAUCACGCCCGUUGAUGUCGUUUAGGCUUAUUAUAUGCAAAAAUGAUAAAUAAAAGCUUGGUGUCGCUGGGUCCCUGGA